GGCAUACUCCCGUAUAUAAAUUAAAUCAAGAAGAGGAAGCUUUCAUUUCGCAUUUGGUACUGGCCACCACAUAACACCAUGUGGUUCCCUGUCACCGUCCUUCUACUUGUCGGUUUAGCCGUGGCCACACCUGAUCAUGACCAUGCCUGGGAAAAUGGACAUGAAUAUCAAUACCAUAUACAAAGUCGGACACUGGCGGGCCUCGAUAAGUUAAAUGAACAAUAUACUGGAGUUCAAAUAAAGGGUUUA